AUGGAAUUUCAGCUGUUUUUCAAAUACAUUUGCUCAUUCGUGAGUAGCCCUUUUGUGUUUUCCAUCACCGGAAAGCUCUCCCCUGAUGGGCACAAAUUGCUUGCUUGCUCAAGUUCAGAAACGUUAACGGCGGCAAUCAGUGCAAUUAAAACAAAUUCCUCCUCCGGUACGACGUUCACGCUUUCGCAGGCGAUUCCGAUCGCCAGUACGACGGUGCUGUUCGACCAAAGGAGCAUCUAUUGUUUUGCUCCCCCUUUUGAGCACGAAUCAUGGAUAGCUGUCCAGCUGUCAAGCCCUAUGCAACGGAGCCUGUUCGCAUUUUGUUCAAAGAUAUGCUCCCUUUCUAAAUGCACCGCAUCAAAGAAAAGUAUUAUAACUCUUUCGUUGACGAAGGAAGACACUGGCGGCUUUCUUAUGGAGUCUCGCCAUCAAAAUCACGAUUCUCAGAUCGAAUGCAAGCUAGAAUACUUGGUGGCCCUUUCUGCCCCAUCCAAUGGCUUCUCAAACGUUUACACCAGCUUUUACGCGAAGGAUCUUGCCAGGCUGUUUAGUUCGGCCAUUCUGGCCUCAUCUGGCGUCCAAUUAUGCUUUCUAAGGGAUUCCAGGGCAAUUCAAAUCAAUCUUCAGCUGCCUCCAGCAAAGAUUUCCCAUAUUCUCUCUGCCAUCCUUCCCGCUGCAGCGGAAAGCUGA